GAGUCGCUCGGCAGGUUGGGCCCCGCCCCUGCCACCUCCCUGCCUCGGAGGGUGCGGGCUGUGGGGCGGGGACCAGCCCGAGACCUGCGAAGCUCCGUCACCCGCUGACGUGCUGGAGAAAAGUUGUGCCCCGACCUUCUCUAGCUGGGUGAUUUGUCCCCGGGUCCUCAGACUGAGUUGAAGCCAGGGCUGGAGGUCACCGCGCCCAGACGCCCGAGGGCAGCUGCCCGGGCGCCUGGAGUUGGGUGUUAGGCCCAGAGGAGCCGGCUCAGUCCUCUGUUGUGCCCUGUGCGCUGGAGGCUCGGUUGUUCUCCCGCACCCGGGACCGUCGCACAAACUUUCUGACUGUCUAGGGGACACUGCGUAGCAGGAGGAUCCGCGGCCGCACGCAGAAGUCAUAUUAUAUCUGGAACCUGCGAUGAAGAGAGUGUUUGUGACCGUCGGGACCACCAGUUUCGACGACCUCAUCGCUCGAGUGGUUGCCCACGAUAGCGUUCAGAUCCUCAAGAAUCUGGGUUACAACCAACUUGUCCUCCAAAUUGGUAGAGGCACUGUGGUGCCUGAGCCAUUCAGUACUGAGUCAUUCACUCUGGAUGUUUACAGAUAUAAGGACUCUUUGAAAGAAGACCUUCAGCAAGCCGACCUUGUCAUUAGCCAUGCAGGUGCAGGAAGCUGUUUGGAGAGUCUGGAGAAAGGCAAACCACUUGUGGUAGUUGUGAAUGAAAAGUUAAUGAACAAUCAUCAGUUUGAACUGGCAAAGCAGUUGCACAAAGAAGGCCAUCUCUUCUACUGUACCUGCAGCAUGCUUCCUGAGCUGUUACAGUCAAUGGAUUUAUCAACAUUGAAAUGUUAUCCUCCUGGACAGCCAGAGAAAUUUUCUGCAUUUUUGGAUAAAGUUGUUGGAUUACAAAAAUAAGCUCUCAAUACUUUAAAAUACCCCUAAGUCCAGUUCGUGGAAUAUGAUUAAAUCAGAAAUAAGUUGAUGACAUGUAUUUGAAGAACAAUAUAAAUCAAUAUAUUUACUAUAAAAAUAUAAGGGAUUUUGUAGCAUAAACAUUCCAGCUGGGUCUAGAUCCUAAUUUUAGUAAAUGUUUGAGGUUUCCCUAACUUGGAAUAUGUAGCGAGUCCUAACUUUGAAAACAUAGCCUUCAGGUUUGUCUUAAAAUUUCAAAAAAGCAAAAGCUGGGCAGUGGUGGUGCAUGCCUUUAAUUCUAGCCCUUGGGAGCCAGAAGCAGGUGCUGUCUCUGUGAGUUCAAGGCCAUUCUGGUCUUCACAUGGAGUUCCAGGACAGCCAGGGCUACCUAGAGAAACCCUGUCUCCUACAACCAAACCCAAACCACAAAGCCAAAAAAAAUUCAAAAAUGUUAAUAAUAUGUUAUUUUGAAUAUGCUAACAAUGUACCAUUUGGUGAGAAAAAUCAGCAUUUGUAGGAUCUUAAUCUCGAGAGACAGCAUUUUUUUGUAUUAAGCAGAAAAAAAUUGGUUUACUUUAUAGAAGCUAGUAGUUAAUUUGAAAAAGAUCAAAGUAAUUGAUGGAGUAACUACUUUUAUCCUGAAGAAUAAAAUAGAUAUGUUCGCCUUUUGAACUUCCGACCCUUCAGGUGCUGGGACUACAGGCAUAUGCCACCAUUCCUGGUAAUAGUUGCUCCUCUAAACUGGAAAAGGGCUGAGAAAAAGUUCAGUGAGAAAAGUUUCUGCUGUAUCAGUGUGACGAUCUGAGUUUGCAUCUUUAGGAUAAAUGUUAGUCGGGCAUGGCAGUGUGUAUUUAAAACCCCUGUGCCGAUGAUGAUAUUGGUAGAUGUAGACGGAAUCCCUGGAAGACACUGGACUAAGCAGCCUAGUAUUCACAGCAGUGAAUGGUAAAAAGAGAUCUGUUACCAAUCGAGGUAAAAAGUAGGGAUAGAGCCUUGGGUUUUCCUGUUACCGCCACCAGCUCAGCACAGGACACAUGCCUACUACAUUCAUAUGAGUGCAUGCAGAUAGGUAGGUAAAAUGCGAUGAUCUUAACAAUGCCUUAAAGAAUAGAGAAUACAUCCGAAACUAUAACACUUUAAAAAGAAGUCAUAUUAUUGACUUACGAUGGUCUUAUGUGCUUUUCUUGCUAAUUUCCAUAUUGAAUUUCUUUCAAAUCAAAAACUGCAUUUUGUGGGUGUUAUAAACUGUAGUUGGAAAAUCUCAAAGUUAGAGAUUUUGUUUUGUUUUUGUUCCCAGAAUUAGAAUGUGGAUGGUCUAUUUGGCGUUUACGUGAGAACAGCAACAUUCCCGUUGCCCUCUGUUCAUGCCGAGUUGCUGUACACGCUGCUUUGUAUAAGUUUAUGCCGUCUAAGAAAAACAUUCUGAGUGGGCCAAAGUUUAAAUAUAAGAUCUAAAGGAUGGGGACAGGGAUAAGGGAAGUUAGCUAGCAUGGCGGGGCUGCACUUGAGGAUAAAUACCGGAGCUGUAGGUACCACUGCACCUUGUGUACAUGGAACCUAUCCAUACCGUGGACCUCAAUCAGCUCAGAAGUAGCAGUACUCCUUACAAAUUGUCAUCAAGUCCCACCCCCACCAUCUUCAACUCACUUUACCCUGUCCCUCUUUUGUGUAGCCAGGGCAGGUUCAGUGUAAACAGUUCAUGCUUUCCUUCCUCCAGUUCUGAUUAUCAAUUUACUCCUAGCUUUUAGAUCUGUUGCACAUGUUUUCAAUUGCUAGCGUGUCUCGUUCCUGUUAUCUCAAUAAACUCUUUAAUUUCAGAAAUCC